GCCUUACUAGCGGGGCGCUAGACUAGCGCGUCCCAUCCCCAACAUAUUAUCACAAUAUAAUAUCCAAUAUUACUUGCAAGUAUUAUGGUAAAAUAAUAAUUCUGCCUGAAAUUGUGGGAUUCAACGCCUUCUCAUCCCGAACUCGGUGCUUUCUGCUCCCCUUUCCACGCGUGGCUUGUUCCCCAUCCUCUCCUCUCCCUACGACUGCGACCGGCCGAGCUGUGCUUUUUUCUCCCCGCGCUGUCGCCUCUCGCUCCCUUCUCCUUCCACUCCUCCCCAAUUGUCCCCCCCUUGGGAAUAAAUUCACUCCAUUACUGCUCUCUCCUUCCUGUCUUCGCCAUUAUCCCAUUCUCUCUCUCUUCUAAUAAUCCCUCCACUCAAGCCACAUCAUGUCUGCCAAAUCCAUCCUCGAGGCCGACGGCAAGGCGAUCCUCAACUACCACCUCACUCGUGCUCCCGUCAUCAAGCCGACUCCCCUCCCUCCGUCGGCCACCCAUAACCCUCCUCCCAGACUCGCCUCCAUCUACUUCCCCGAAGACGCUGCUGUCAAGGAUGUCCUGGACCAGGCCGAGGUCACCUAUCCCUGGCUGUUGACCCCUGGCGCCAAGUUCGUCGCCAAACCAGACCAAUUGAUCAAGAGACGAGGCAAGAGCGGUCUCCUGGCUCUCAACAAGACCUGGGCCGAGGCUCGCGAAUGGAUCGAGGCUCGCGCCACAAGGGCCAUCCAGGUUGAGACCGUCACCGGUGUCCUUCGUCAGUUUCUCGUCGAGCCCUUCGUCCCCCAUCCCCAAGACACCGAAUACUAUGUCAACAUCCACUCCGUGCGCGAGGGCGAUUGGAUUCUCUUCACCCACGAGGGUGGUGUCGACGUCGGUGAUGUCGACGCCAAAGCUGAGAAGCUCCUUAUUCCCGUCAACCUGAAGAAUUACCCCUCCAACGAGGAGAUCGCCGCCACUCUCUUGAAACACGUCCCCGAGGGUGUCCACAAUGUCCUCGUGGACUUCAUCUCCCGCCUCUACGCCGUCUACGUCGAUUGCCAGUUUACCUAUCUUGAAAUCAACCCCCUUGUCGUUAUCCCGAACGCUGAAGGCACCUCUGCCGAAGUCCAUUUCCUCGACUUGGCUGCCAAGCUCGACCAGACUGCCGAGUUUGAAUGUGGCAGCAAGUGGGCUAUUGCCCGUAGUCCGGCGGCGCUGGGUCUGGCUCCUCUCUCCAGAGCUGAUGGUCCGGUCAACAUUGACGCCGGUCCGCCUAUGGAGUUCCCCGCUCCCUUUGGCCGCGAGCUGAGCAAGGAGGAGAAAUUCAUCGCCGACAUGGAUGCCAAGACCGGUGCAUCGCUCAAGCUCACUGUCCUCAACGCCAGCGGUCGUAUCUGGACCCUUGUAGCUGGCGGUGGUGCGUCUGUCGUCUACGCCGACGCCAUCGCAUCUGCUGGCUUUGUCAGCGAACUUGCCAACUAUGGUGAAUACUCUGGUGCUCCCACUGAGACUCAGACCUACAACUAUGCCCGUACCGUCCUGGAUUUGUUGCUGCGCGCGCCCACACACCCCGAUGGCAAGGUGCUCUUCAUCGGUGGCGGUAUUGCUAACUUCACAAACGUCGCAACGACCUUCAAGGGUGUCAUUCGGGCGCUGCGCGAAGUCGCACCCACCCUGAACGACCACAACGUUCAGAUCUGGGUCCGUCGCGCCGGCCCCAACUACCAGGAGGGCCUUAAGAACAUCAAGGCUGUGGGCGUGGAGCUUGGGCUCAACAUGCACGUGUAUGGCCCUGAGAUGCACGUUAGCGGCAUUGUGCCACUUGCUCUGUUGGGCAAGAAGACGGACGUGAAAGAAUUUGGCGCUUAAGGAUAUAAUUCUUUUUAUUCGCCUUAGAUAUCAUUUCUUUUUUCUUUUCCUAUUUUUUCCUGUUCUUUUAAUGUAUGGCAUGAUAUGAACAUUUUGCGCGAUGGAAAAAUGGAGUGUGGUCCUAUGACAGGCUAGAUGAUUUCUAUUGUAGUCAAGCGGUCGUGGAUAAUCAAUUAAUACUAGACAUGUGCAAUCUAGGUGAUACCAAGCGAGUCAUAAUAAAUCAUUAUAGAAGUCAUCCAUAAGACCGAAUAAAUGUCCUUUGUGUUGUGUAUAUAACUCACGUGACAGGUAUAAGGUCCCAUGUCGAAAUAACCUCAAAAACAAGAACAACGAGCAAUACAGCUAGGAUCGGAUCCGCCCCCAUGGGGUUGUAAUAAACGGUGAAAAAAAAAACCAGAUCUGCAGGAUUCACAUUAGAUUCAG